AGUGGUGGGGAGCCGUCGGCUACGGGUAGGGCGCAGGGGAAGCUUGCCGCCAAUUCGAGCGACUGUUGGUGGGGUGAAAGCGCGGGUUAGCAGCCGGGACACGCCAACCGUUGGAUUCAGUAAGCGAACGGCUUUGAACGGCCACGAACGUGUUUUUCGUUCUUCGGUUCCCGCGCAUGCAUAUAUACGAUAUACGACAUAUAUAUGUACUACUCGAGACUGACCCGCGUGAAACAACAUCGUCGUCGAGAGUACUCAGUCGGUGAUCGGCGACGACGUGACAGUAACCAGAUCGUACAGCCGCGACACAGAUCCGCUUUUCGAGUACACCAUCCGUCACCAUCGCAUCCACCAUCAUCAACUCCACCACCAACACCAAACCACCCACCAACAUCCACCAACAACAACAACAACCACACCCGGCUCCAAAAAGUACCUUCAUCCUGCUCUUCGCCCGCAUUUCGAUUUCGGUUUUCCAUCUUCGUUCCCGCAACUGUGGCUUUAAUCAAUCAAACUGGAUUCCAACAAGCAGUACGUGUCGCGAUUACAUCGCGGCUACCGGAGGCUUAAGAAACUAUUCAAGCGAGUGCGUUGUCGGCGCGCGAGCAAACCAUCAGAAUCAAUUGCAUCCGGUCGGUGGAAUCUGAAACGAUCCGCCUUUCGGUUGCAGCGUGUGGCGAACCAGGCGCUUACCGUUUCGCCACAGCCGGCAGUAACGGUGGAGGGGCCGGUGUCUAAAAUGUCUCCACCGACGAACGACGUGACCAACGGUGUGGUAGCGCCACCCAGCACCCUGGCGCCCCGGGUUCCACCGACCGCGAACCCGUCUCUGACCACCAUUAACCCACCGACGCACAAGCGUACUCCGAAGGAUUUCAUCUUUGGCAAAGUGAUCGGCGAGGGAAGCUUCUCCACCGUUUACCUUGCCAAGGACAUCCACAGCAGCAAGGAGUACGCGAUCAAGGUGUGCGACAAGCGUCACAUAAUCAAGGAGAAAAAGACCGAGUACGUGAAGCGCGAGAAGGAGGUGCUGAACAUGCUCGCGGGCGCCAAGCACUCGUUCGUGCGUCUGUUCUGCACCUUCCAGGACAUGGAGAGACUCUAUUUCGUCCUGUCGUACGCUAAGAACGGCGAGCUCCUGCCCUAUAUCAACAAGGUGGGCUCCUUCGACAUCGAGUGCACCAAGUUCUACUCGGCGGAGAUCCUGCGUGGUCUCGAGUACCUGCACGGGCUCGGCAUCAUUCAUCGGGAUCUCAAGCCGGAGAACAUCCUGCUGGACGAGAAGAUGCACGUGCUCAUCACCGACUUUGGCAGCGCAAAGAUCCUCAAGGAGGACCCGGAGACGGUAAUGACGCAUCCUGCUUCGGACGACACAGAGCAGGAGCAAGAGCAAUACUGCAGGGAACGCAGGGGCUCCUUCGUCGGUACCGCUCAGUACGUAUCACCCGAGCUCCUGAUCGAGAAGAGGGCGAGCAGGGCGUCCGAUCUUUGGGCCCUGGGCUGCAUCGUCUACCAAAUGGUCGCCGGUCUGCCACCUUUCCGCUCCAGGAGCGAGUACAUGAUAUUCCAGAAGAUCCUGAAACUCGAGUACGAGAUACCGGACGGUUUCUGCGAGCUGGCGAGAUCUCUCGUCAGCCAGCUGCUGGUCCUGGAGCCAUCGGGACGAUUGGGCGCUCAGGACGAGCACGGCGCCGGUUAUCCUAGCAUCAGGGCGCAUCCUUUCUUCGAGGGCGUCGACUUCGAGACCCUCCACGAGCAGACACCGCCACCGAUUUAUCCGUAUCUACCUGGCACGUCGGAGCACGAGGAGCUUAGGUCGCAGUACAAGGUGCCAGAUAAUCUUGAACCCGGCCUCGACGAUAAGCAGCUCACCAGACUCCUCGGGCUGGGCAUCGGCGAAGACACUGACGACGACGACGACACCACUACCGAGACCGGCGCGGAGCAGCACGCCGCCAAGCCCGUCAGCAAAACCGCAGCCGUGGAGAACCCGAGGCGGCGGACCAACACCGACGGCAACAUCGCCGAUCUCACGCCGGAGGAAGUCAGGAAACGGCUGGAGUCGCAGCACGCGAGUCCCUGGCGCAAGAUCGUCAAAGACAAUCUCAUAGUGAAGCAGGGUUUCGUCAACAAAAGAAAAGGCCUCUUCGCCAGGCGGAGAAUGCUCCUGCUCACCACCGGACCACACUUAUACUACGUCGAACCCAUGAGCCAAUCGCUCAAAGGCGAGAUACCCUGGAGUCCCGAGCUGAGGGUAGAGCCGAAGAAUUUCAAGAUCUUCUUCGUCCAUACGCCAAACAGGACAUACUAUCUCGAAGAUCCCGAGGGAUUCGCAUUGGAAUGGUGCAAAGCUAUCGAGGAGAUGCGAGUCCACUAUUACGGCCUGCGAGAGACCGCCGCUUGAAGAGAGAGAGAGAGAGAGAGAGAGAGAGAGAGAGAGAGAGAGAGAGAGAGAGAGAGAGAGAGAG